AUGGUGCGGUUACGGGAGAUCCCCAGGACCGCAGCCUUUGCCUGGUCGCCUGGAGCGGAGAUUCCUUUGGUGGUAACUGGUACAAGAGCUGGCGCAGUUGAUGCAGACUUCUCUGAUGAGACCAAGUUGGAGCUUUGGGACCUGAGUUUGGACAACCUCGAGCAAGGUGUUGAGCUCCAGCCCAUUGCAAGCCUAAGCACAGAUUCAAGGUUCCACGAUAUUGCGUGGGGUCCUGCCUCCGCAGAUCAUCCAAGGGGCAUAAUUGCUGGGGCUUUAGAGAAUGGCUCUUUGGACUUGUGGGAUGCCGAGAAGCUCAUUAAAGGAGCAGACGAUGCAUUCAUGUCACGGACAACGAAACACUCAGGCGCGAUCAAGUCACUUCAGUUCAAUCCGAUCAAGCCGCAUAUUCUGGCUACAGCAGGCGCAAAGGGGGAACUCUUCAUUUAUGACCUCAACGAUAUAUCAACGCCUUUCAGAUUGGGCACAGCUGCAGCACGAUCUGACGACCUCGAAUGCAUUGCAUGGAACAGGAAGGUUUCCCAUAUCUUGGCGACAGGAGGAAGUGGGGGAUUUGUUACCGUCUGGGAUUUAAAAACCAAGAAGGCAUCUCUGACCCUGAACAACAACCGAAAGGCUGUGGGAGCCAUUGCAUGGGAUCCUAAUAAUGCCACGAAGUUGUUGACCGCAACGCCCGAUGAUUCAGCACCAGUUAUCCUCUUGUGGGAUCUGCGGAACUCGAAUGCACCAGAAAGGACACUACAAGGGCAUGAUCAGGGUAUAUUGUCACUUUCAUGGUGUGAGCAAGACAGUGACCUCUUGUUGUCUUGUGGGAAGGAUAAUAGAACGCUUCUCUGGAACCCACAGACUGGGGAACGCCUAGGGGAAUUUCCUGAAGUUACCAACUGGACUUUCCAGACCCGGUUCAACCCUCAUAACCCCGCGCUCUCUGCAACCGCUUCUUUCGAUGGGAAGAUCUCCAUACAGACUUUGCAGAACACCAAUUCUACAGCCACUCAGACGCCAGUACAGGGACCUGUGGAUGGUGAGGAUUUCUUUACAAAAGCACAAACCCAACCACAAGGGGCCUCAUUCUCGCUGAAGAAAGCUCCAAAAUGGCUCGAGCGACCUGCAGGAGCGUCUUUUGGAUUCGGCGGAAAGCUGGUAAGCUUCAGCUUGCUACCAGCAGUAGCCGGACAGAAUAGGUCGUCCAAAAUCCAAAUCUCGCACUUCUCAGUCGAUAGUGAUGUAGGUUCAGCUACUGAGUCCUUUGAGAAAGCUCUUGUUGCUGGAGACAUCAACAGUAUCUGCCAAACGCACAUCUCACAGGCAAAAACGGAAGAGGAGAAGGCGGAUUGGCAGGUCAUUGAGACUCUCAUUGCUGAGAAUCCUCGGAAGCGUGUUACAGAGUUUCUCGGAUUCACAGACGUUGUUGGUGAAGCCACCAAUGACAUUACAGACCUUGAUUUGGAUGAAUCCAAGGCUGACGCCAGUACGGAGGGAACCAACGGAGCAGCAACCAAGAAUAGUCGAUUAUCUACCCUGUUCGCGGAUGGUGCUGAUGGAGACGACUUCUUGUCUAACAUUACAGCGACCAAAGGUGCUAAGACCGAUAAUCCAUUCGAUCUAUUCUCCGAGACGGACUCUGCCUCUGAGAAGCAGAUCACGAAAGCUUUGAUGCUUGGUCAAUUUGAAAAGGCCAUGACCAUUUGUCUUAAAGAAGACCGCAUUGCCGAUGCUCUGAUCAUUGCCAACUGUGGUGGCAAGGAAUUGCUCGAGAAAGCCCAAUCAGCCUACCUAUCAAGGAAAACCGAGGGUCCCAACUACCUGCGCCUCUUGACCUCCGUGAUUGGGAAGAAUCUUUGGGAUGUGGUUUACAAUGCCAAUCUCUUUAACUGGAAGGAGGCAAUGGCUACUUUGUGCACUUACGCCGACCCGAACGAGUUCCCGGACCUGUGUGAGGCUUUGGGAGACCGAGUUAUGGAAACUGGUUCCCUCAAAGAUGCAUCUUUCUGCUACUUGGUGGGAUCAAAGCUUGAGAAAGUCAUCACAAUCUGGAUUACAGAGUUGCAAGCGGCUGAGAAAGCAGGAAUCGAGGAUCUUUCUGGAGACUCAACAUUCUCGGUCCAUGCUCGUUCACUACAGAACUUCAUCGAGAAAGUCACAGUUUUCCGAGAUGUUACCAAAUUCCAGGAUACCGAGAAAAGCUUAACCUCAGACUGGAAACUUGCUCCCCUGUACCACCGAUACACGGAAUACGCUGACAUUGUUGCCGCUCACGGUCACUUGUCCAUUGCCGAGAGAUAUCUUGAUCUCCUGCCAACUCAGUAUCCUGCUGCUGAGGUUGCAAGGAACCGAGUGAAGCUUGCCUCGAGAAGAGCGGCUCCAGCACCACAAGCCGCUCAACAACAAUCAACAACGAGAACGUCUUCGCGCGCCCAGCCAGCCGUUGGGUACCAGUCUAAUCCAUUAGGAACAUCAGUUGCCAACCCUAAACGACCAGCUUCCAACACUUAUGCACCACCAGCAGCCUCUACACCUGCCACAAAUCCUUACGCGCCUUCUGCCAAUUCUUAUGCUCCACAGCAACCACAAGGCUACCAGCCGCCACAGCAGCAAACCAGCUAUGGUGCAGGGUAUGGAGCAGGUUAUGGUGCUCCUUCUGGAGCCUAUGGGACACCUCCAUCGUUCGGGGCACCCCCUCGGAACCCAACCCCAUCUGCGCCGCCGCCGCCGCCGCCACGUGCAAAGGAUGCUGGGCAAUGGAACGAUACUCCGAUGGUGACCCAGCCCAAGAUUGCCCGCAGAAGCACUCCUUCAGCGGCUCCCAUCACGUCUCCUUUUCCCAAUCAGCAAAAUCUUUCCAUGCCUCCGCCAAUGCCUGCAUAUGGUCAAAGAGCAACACCAACACCACCUCCCCCGCCACCAAAGGGUCCCGCUCCACCUCGCAUGACCUCACCACUGGCAGGCGGACCCCCGCACUCUUUCCAACAACCUGGUCGGCCAUCUUCUUCAGCCGCAAACCAAUACUCUCCUACUGUUAGAUCCCCAGGGCAGACUUUCGGACAACCUGCACCGCCACCAACGAUUCCUAGAGGCCAAUCACCAUAUAAUGCUCCGCCAGCAGGGCAACUACCUUCAAACAGAUACGCUCCUGCACCAGCCGCGCAACAAUAUUCCCAAUCACCCGGGCCACAAUCGUCAAUUGCACCACCUCCACAGGGCGGAAAUCGACCUCCACCCCCCGCAAACCCAUAUGCGCCCUCCCAGUCUCCGUAUGAAGCUAGUCAGCCUCCACCAGGCCCUUUCCAAAAUCAAGGGCCUCCACCUGCUUCUCAAGGGCCACCCCAAGGACCACCUCAAGGAUCUCGACCGCCCACCGGACCACCACCUAGAGCCGCGGCGGCUGCUCCCCCGAAAGCCAAGCAUCCCGCGGGAGACAGAUCUCACAUCCCAGCAUCUGCUCAGAGAAUGGUAGACAUUUUCAGCAAUGAUAUGCAACGAGUUGCUUCCAAGGCCCCUGUUUCCUUUGCUCCGCAAGUGAAGGACACUCAGAAGCGACUAAAUAUUCUGUUUGACCAUUUAAAUAACGGAGAGCUUCUGAAGCCGGAUACCAUUGAGAGACUCAAUGAGCUCGCAGAAGCUCUGCAAUCCAAGAACUACGACGUUGCCCAGAGAUUGCAAGUGGAUAUUCAACGUGAGAAGACAGAUGAAUGCGGGAAUUGGAUGGUCGGUGUAAAAAGACUAGUGAGCAUGAGCAAAGCUACUCCUUAG